AUGGAUAAAAGUAAACUCGAAAAUUCCGAAACGAAACGAGACGAAAUCGUCUUGCCGUAUACAUUAUCAACGAGUAGCGCCAUCUACAAUGGCUGGUUCAUGGAAUGCAUUGACGCGUCGUGCCCUGGGCAAGCUUUCUGUUUAAAAGUUGAUCCCAAUCCUGUUACCUGCCUGAAGUCUGACUAUCAGGAUAUAAAAGUUCUGAAGAGCGAAUCAUACGGAAACGUCUUAGUCCUUGAUGGGAUCAUAAACUGCACGGAACGGGACGAGUGUUCCUACCAGGAGAUGAUGACACACCUUGCUAUGUGCAGUCACAAGAAUCCCAAAAAAGUUUUGAUUAUCGGUGGUGGUGACGGUGGAAUCGCUAGAGAAGCCGCGAAGCAUGCGUGCGUUCAGAGGGUCGACCAGUGUGAGAUUGAUGAGAAAGUAGUUGACGUGUGUCGAGAUCAUCUGGAAAGUAUGUCACGCGGUUAUGAUAACGAUAAAGUUGACCUACAUAUCGGAGACGGGUUCGUGUUUUUGAAAGAGCGGAAGCAGGAGUAUGACGUCAUCAUCACGGAUUCCUCCGAUCCUAUUGGACCGGCCGAAGUGUUAUUUGGACUUGAGUAUUACAAACUUCUAUAUGAAUCAUUGAAAUCUGGAGGGAUUAUUGUUAGCCAAGGCGAGUCAUUAUGGAUAGAUGGAGGAAUGGACUACAUGCCGGAACUGAUAAAAGAGAUCUCCAGUAUCUUUCCAUCUGUCGAUUACGCCUACACGUACAUACCUUCCUACACAACUGGUCAGAUCGGCUUCAUACUGGCCAGUAAGGACGAGGGUACUAACUUCCGGAAACCGGUUCGCAUUUUGAGUGACGUGGAAAAAAGCUCGAUGAACUUGCAGUACUACAGCGAGAAGGUUCACGAAAGUUCCUUUGUAUUCCCAAGGUUCAUUCAAAAGGUACUGGAUCAGUGCUUGAACAGGAAUUAG